GUUUCAGUCCAGAGGCGGCAGCGGAAGGAGGAGGAGCUCUGGUCGCGCUCUCUCCCGGUAGUGGCUGCACGUCUCAGCGUUUGUCGGAUCCCCACCCCUUUUAAAUAAGCAGGGUUGGUCACCGCCCUCACAGACUAGUUGACUCCGGGGAGGCGGCAGCGGCGAGGCGGCGGGGGUGCGGCCGGGGCCGGAGCCCUGCCAGGGGCCCGGCGGCGGCCGGACUGGCCAGCAGCGAACGAGGCCGCGUUUACACCAGCGGCGCAGCCCCGACAUAAUCCGGGGCUACCCGUGCCGGCCGCGCCAUUGUUGGGGGAGGGGGCGGCUGCUGAGCGUGGCGGAGUCGAGGGUCGAGCGAAGGCGGCGGCAGCCAGGAGCGGAGGCAGCCCAUGGGGAACACGCUGACCUGUUGCGUGUCCCCCAAUGCCAGCCCCAAGCGGGGCCGGCGCGCGGGGUCGGCGGAGCCAGACUACGAGGCUGAGAUCUACGAGGCAGCGGCUGGGGACGCGGUGGCAGUAGCGCCGGCGCCGGCUACCGUGGAACCCGCCGAGCUGGAUUUCGGAGCCGGCGAAGGACACCACCUGCAGCACAUCAGCGACCGGGAAAUGCCCGAAGACUUAGCUUUGGAAUCAAACCCUUCUGACCACCCAAGGGCAAGCACAAUUUUCCUGAGCAAAUCUCAAACGGAUGUGCGAGAAAAGAGGAAGAGCAACCAUUUAAACCAUGUAUCUCCAGGGCAGCUUACUAAAAAGUAUAGCUCAUGCUCAACCAUAUUUCUAGAUGACAGCACAGUCAGCCAGCCUAAUCUUAGAACCACAAUAAAAUGUGUGACCUUAGCAAUAUAUUAUCACAUAAAGAACAGAGAUGCAGAUAGAUCCUUGGAUAUUUUUGAUGAGCGAUCACAUCCACUCACACGGGAAAAGAUUCCAGAGGAAUACUUUAAGCAUGACCCUGAGCACAAAUUCAUUUACAGAUUUGUUCGUACUCUUUUUAGUGCUGCACAGCUCACAGCUGAAUGUGCAAUAGUAACAUUGGUUUACUUAGAAAGGCUUUUAACUUAUGCUGAGAUCGACAUUUGUCCCACUAACUGGAAAAGAAUUGUUUUGGGAGCCAUUCUUCUUGCCUCCAAAGUUUGGGACGAUCAGGCUGUAUGGAAUGUGGACUACUGCCAGAUCCUCAAGGACAUUACAGUUGAGGACAUGAAUGAGAUGGAAAGGCACUUUCUGGAGCUACUUCAGUUUAAUAUUAAUGUUCCUGCUAGUGUUUAUGCCAAAUACUACUUUGACCUUCGCUCCUUAGCAGAUGACAACAACCUGAAUUUUCUAUUUGCUCCUCUUAGCAGAGAGCGAGCACAGAACCUAGAGGCUAUUUCCAGAUUGUGUGAUGACAAAUACAAAGACAUGUGCAGAGCCGCUAUGAGAAGAUCUUUCAGCGCUGAUAAUUUCAUUGGUAUUCAGCGCUCCAUUGCCAUCCUCUCUUAAGGGAGAAGUGAGGGGUUGUAACAUCAUAAACCCCUCAAUAACAAGGACUGGAGAAAUAUCACCUCUCCUGCUCAAAAACCAGCAAAGUUAGUAUUUUCAUCUAAAAGAAAUACAUUGAAUUCAAGAGAUUCAUAGACAGCAAGGAUUAUGCUCAUAGGAAAGAAUGGGACCUUGUCAGUGCAACACACUCUUCUGUCCUUUUUAAUGUAAACAGAGUUACAAAAACCACUCCAAGCUAAAAGCUCCCAACUCUGCUCAAAAACCAGCAAAGUCAGUAUUUUCAUCUAAAAGAAAGAUACUGAAUUCAAGAGAUUCAUAGACAGCAAGGAUUAUGCUCAUAGGAAAGAAUGGGACCUUGUCAGUGCAGCACACUCUUCUGUCCUUUUUUAUGUAAACAGAGUUACAAAAACCACUCCAAAGCUAAAAGCUUCCAACUCUGCUCAAAAACCAGCAAAGUCAGUAUUUUCAUCUAAAAGAAAGAUAUUGAAUUCAAGAGAUUCAUAGACAGCAAGGAUUAUGCUCAUAGGAAAGAAUGGGACCUUGUCAGUGCAACACACUCUUCUGUCCUUUUUUAUGUAAAAAGAGUUACAAAAACCACUCCAAAGCUAAAAGCUCCCAACUCUGCUCGAAAACCAGCAAAGUCAGUAUUUUCAUCUAAAAGAAAGAUACUGAAUUCAAGAGAUUCAUAGACAGCAAGGAUUAUGCUCAUAGGAAAGAAUGGGACCUUGUCAGUGCAACACACUCUUCUGUCCUUUUUUAUGUAAACAGUUACAAAAACUACUCCAAAGCUAAAAGCUCCCAACCCACACACACAGAUAUUUCCUUACUGCGUAGGCUGAUAGCUGUGAACUAUGUGAGGUUUUUAAAUGAAUAUUUUAGAUUUAUAGACUUUAAAGACACUAACUGUGUAACUUUUAUGAUUUUCCUAUUUUUCAUCCCCACUCCCCCAUAUUGCUGCACACUCCUAUAGAAUCAGUGCAGCAUUACCAUCAAAACAUGGGCCAUUGCUGCACACUCCUAUAGAAUCUGCAGCAUUACCAUCAAAACAUGGGCCAUUGCUGCACACUCCUAUAGAAUCUGCAGCAUUACCAUCAAGACAUGGGCCAUUGCUGCACACUCCUAUAGAAUCUGCAGCAUUACCAUCAAAACAUGGUCCACUGCUGCACACCCCUUUAGAAUCUGCAGCAUUACCAUCAAAACAUGGGCCAUUGAUGCACACUCCUAUAGAAUCUGCAGCAUUACCAUCAAAACAUGAGCCAUUGCUGCACACUCCUGUGGAAUCAGUGCAGCAUUACCAUCAAAACAUGGUCCAUUGCUGCACACUCCUAUGGAAUCAGUGCAGCAUUACCAUCAAGACAUGGGCCAUUGCUGCACACUCCUAUAGAAUCAGUGCAGCAUUACCAUCAAAAUAUGGUCCAUUGCUGCACACUCCUAUGGAAUCAGUGCAGCAUUACCAUCAAGACAUGGUCCAUUGCUGCACAUUCCUAUAGAAUCAGUGCAGCAUUACCAUCAAAACAUGAGCCAUUGCUGCACAUUCCUUUACAAUCAGUGCAGCAUUACCAUCAAAACAUGGUCCAUUGCUGCACACUCCUAUAGAAUCAGUGCAGCAUUACCAUCAAAACAUGGGCCAUUGCUGCACACUCCUGUGGAAUCAGUGCAGCAUUACCAUCAAAACAUGGUCCAUUGCUGCACACUCCUGUGGAAUCAGUGCAGCAUUACCAUCAAAACAUGGUCCAUUGCUGCACACUCCUAUAGAAUCAGUGCAGCAUUACCGUCAAAACAUGGGCCAUUGCUGCAUACUCCUUUAGAAUCUGCAGCAUUACCAUCAAAACAUGGUCCAUUGCUGCACAUUCCUAUAGAAUCAGUGCAGCAUUACCAUCAAAACAUGGUCCAUUGCUGCACACUCCUUUAGAAUCAUUGCAGCAUUACCAUCAAAACAUGGUCCAUUGCUGCACACUCCUGUGGAAUCAGUGCAGCAUUACCAUCAAGACAUGGUCCAUUGCUGCACAUUCCUAUAGAAUCAGUGCAGCAUUACCAUCAAAACAUGGUCCAUUGCUGCACACUCCUUUAGAAUCAUUGCAGCAUUACCAUCAAAACAUGGUCCAUUGCUGCAUACUCCUAUAGAAUCAGUGCAGCAUUACCAUCAAAACAUGGUCCAUUGCUGCACACUCCUGUGGAAUCAGUGCAGCAUUACCAUCAAAACAUGGUCCAUUGCUGCAUACUCCUAUAGAAUCAGUGCAGCAUUACCAUCAAAACAUGGUCCAUUGCUGCACACUCCUAUAGAAUCAGUGCAGCAUUACCAUCAAAACAUGGUCCAUUGCUGCACACUCCUGUGGAAUCAGUGCAGCAUUACCAUCAAAACAUGGUCCAUUGCUGCACACUCCUAUAGAAUCAGUGCAGCAUUACCAUCAAAACAUGGUCCAUUGCUGCACACUCCUGUGGAAUCAGUGCAGCAUUACCAUCAAAACAUGGUCCAUUGCUGCACACUCCUAUAGAAGCAGUGCAGCAUUACCAUCAAAACAUGGUCCAUUGCUGCACACUCCUGUGGAAUCAGUGCAGCAUUACCAUCAAAACAUGGUCCAUUGCUGCACACUCCUAUAGAAUCAGUGCAGCAUUACCAUCAAAACAUGGUCCAUUGCUGCACACUCCUAUAGAAUCAGUGCAGCAUUACCAUCAAAACAUGGUCCAUUGCUGCACACUCCUAUAGAAUCAGUGCAGCAUUACCGUCAAAACAUGGGCCAUUGCUGCAUACUCCUUUAGAAUCUGCAGCAUUACCAUCAAAACAUGGUCCAUUGCUGCACACUCCUAUAGAAUCAGUGCAGCAUUACCAUCAAAACAUGGUCCAUUGCUGCACACUCCUUUAGAAUCAUUGCAGCAUUACCAUCAAAACAUGGUCCAUUGCUGCACACUCCUAUAGAAUCAGUGCAGCAUUACCAUCAAAACAUGGUCCAUUGCUGCACACUCCUAUAGAAUCAGUGCAGCAUUACCGUCAAAACAUGGGCCAUUGCUGCAUACUCCUUUAGAAUCUGCAGCAUUACCAUCAAAACAUGGUCCAUUGCUGCACACUCCUAUAGAAUCAGUGCAGCAUUACCAUCAAAACAUGGUCCAUUGCUGCACACUCCUGUAGAAUCAGUGCAGCAUUACCAUCAAAACAUGAGCCAUUGCUGCAUACUCCUAUGGAAUCAGUGCAGCAUUACCAUCAAAACAUGGUCCAUUGCUGCACACUCCUAUAGAAUCAGUGCAGCAUUACCAUCAAAACAUGGUCCAUUGUUGCACACUCCUGUGGAAUCAGUGCAGCAUUACCAUCAAAACAUGGUCCAUUGCUGCACAUUCCUAUAGAAUCAGUGCAGCAUUACCCAGCAUUACCAUCAAAACAUGGUCCAUUGCUGCACACUCCUGUGGAAUCAGUGCAGCAUUACCGUCAUAACAUGGGCCAUUGCUGCAUACUCCUUUAGAAUCUGCAGCAUUACCAUCAAGACAUGGGCCAUUGCUGCAUACUUCUAUAGAAUCAGUGUAGCAUUACCGUCAAAACAUGGGCCAUUGCUGCAUACUCCUUUAGAAUUGGUGCAGCAUUACUGUCAAAACAUGGGACUCCUAACAACUCAUAAGGCCACUUAGGAACAGACUGUUGUAGCAUUGUUAGAUUUUGAAGGAUUCUUCCUCCCACUAUAUCAUUGAAGCUGCUAGUCAUUAUUGGCAAUCGAUUUAAACCAAAAAGCUGCUGAAUAACACCUGUCAUUCAAAUUCUUCGCAAGCACUACUUAUUAGCAUGUUUGAGAUCAUAAACGGAGAAAGUAUUACUUCUAUUGGGUCCAUGCUGCAUUUUUUUGUGAACUAUAAUGGUGCUUCUCAUUUUCUGAUGAUUUUCCUCUUAGUUAAAUACUUGUAUUAAAAGAUAUUUUCAUAAUUCCAACCAACGUGGUGAUCAAGUGGUUAACAUUUCAUAAUUCCAACCAACAUGGUGAUCAAAUGGUUAACGAGCAGGUAGUGAAAAAGGUGUCCCAAAAGUCUUAGUGCAAUUUUAAGCUUUAAUAUAGUGUGCUUGGGCACUCCAGGACACUGCUGCAGAAGUAUAAAUGCUACAGACUGGCAGCACAUCACUUGAAAGUUUAACCGAAUUCCUUCUAAACAUUAAGCUUUUAAUUUUAAUUUCUUGUUUCAGCCCCUCACUUGAAAGUUUAACUGAAUUUCUUCUAAACUCGCUUAGUUUUGCAAAUUUUAAACAUUAAGCUUUUAAUUUUAAUUUUUUGUUUCAGCCCCUCACUUGAAAGUUUAACUGAAUUCCUUCUAAACUCGCUUAGUUUUGCAAAUUUUAAACAUUAGCUUUUAGUUUUAAUUUUUUGUUUCAACCCCUCACUUGAAAGUUUAACUGAAUUUCUUCUAAACUCGCUUAGUUCAGGGGCUGAAACAAAAAAUUAAAAGCUUAAUGUUUAAAAUUUGCAAAACUAAGCGAGUUUAGAAGGAAUUCAGUUAAACUUUCAAGUGAGGGGCUGAAACAAAAAAUUAAAACUAAAAGCUUAAUGUUUAAAAUUUGCAAAACUAUAAGCGAGUUUAGAAGGAAUUCUGUUAAACUUUCAAGUGAGGGGCUGAAACAAAAAAUUAAAAUUAAAAGCUUAAUGUUUAAAAUUUGCAAAACUAUAAGUGAGUUUAGAAGGAAUUCUGUUAAACUUUCAAGUGAGGGGCUGAAACAAAAAAUUAAAAUUAAAAGCUUAAUGUUUAAAAUUUGCAAAACUAAGCGAAUUUAGAAGGAAUUCAGUUAAACUUUCAAGUGAGGGGCUGAAACAAGAAAUUAAAAUUAAAAGCUUAGUGUUUAGAAGAAAUUCGGUUAAACUUUCAGGUGAUGUGCUGCCAGUCUGUAGCAUUUAUAUUUCUACAAGUAUCAAAGCUUAAAAUUGCACUAAGACUUCAGGGGAUACCUUGCAUCUUCAUAGGCCUGCCCGCCUCUUUUUAAAAUAGUUCUUUGCAGGGCUGGGCUGUUCACCUGCUUUGAUCACCGAAAUUUCUUUUUCCUAGAUUUGGUAAAGGAAUUAUGAAUAUGAAGAACAGUGUUAAUUCACAUGUAAUACGUUGAAAGGAACUGGACCCUAAUAGUAGUGAUGUGAAAGCAGGUGAUAUGAAACAGCUUUUCUAUCCUACAUGUUCACCUGGCUAUAGGUGUCUCAUUUCAAGUGCUGCUUGAGAGGAAACAUAUAAACCUUAAGAACCCUUACUUCAAGGCUUUAAGAGGCAGGGAGGUUUAAGUAUUAGUCUUUUAGGAGAUUGGUAACGAUGUCACCUAAACUUGAAAUCUUUUUAAAAGAUUAAUGUUCUCAAAUAUGUGAAAUCUUCCUCCUACCUUCUUAAAUGUAAUCCUAGGAAUUUUGCCUGUAAACAAAGCAUUUCUGGGCCAGGAAUACUUUCUCUUCUGUAUAGCAAGGCUACACAUAUUGAGUGCUGCAGGUUCCAUCAUUUUUAAAGGACAGAGACAUAAAUGAUAAAUAAUGGUAUAUAAUAUACUACAAUCUACCACCUCAAAAAAUAAUUGUUUAUGGAGCUUGGAGAUUGAAGUAUUGAUUGCAGUUUUAUUUUGAAAAGAAUGCUACAACUUAACGUGGUUUUUCUUUCUCAUGUUUAUAUUAAAAGAAAAGCUAAUAAACUCUAUUUUAAUUAAAA